CACCGACAUCUUUUACUAGGUCAAAACAAAAUCAAUAAAAGCUAAUACACUUAACGUUUCAAAUCAAACAAUCAAAUAUGGAUGAAACAACGGAUUCGACUGAUGUUUCCAAUAUACCAAAUGAAACAUGUCAUCCGACAGUCUUUCAAUAGGCAAGAUGGAACUGCACCAUUCCUUGAGACCCGUUUAUAUUUUCACGAAAAUUUUUGCUCACUGCCAGUAUAAGUUCGACUACCAAAGGAGAGUUUACAUCCCCGAUUUGUGGGCCAUCGUCUACAGCAUUCUCUUCAGUCUGACUACUUGUUUGCCUUUUUGUUUCGAACAUUCUUUCAUCGAUGAUUUCGGAAAUGUGAUGGCUUACACCUACAGUUUUUCCUUCGUUCUCUACUUUGAGUUGAUUAUCGUAAAUGUCAUCAUAUUCAUGCACCUUUUGAAUGUCAAGAAAACCGCAGGGGUUUUCACAAAAUUGGAAGAAAUCGAUGAAGAAUUGGCAGAAAUCGUUGGAGAGCGAAUAGAUUCAAGGCCAAUAUUCAAAUUUUCCAUAUUUGUUAUAACGUUUUUUGUUGUGGAUUCAAUUUUUCGAGUGAUAUACGAGUUCAAGGUAUUCUAUAAUGAUGCCUUAUAUUAUUGCGUGAGUACAUUUUGGAAUGCCAUUUUGUGUGACAUUUUCAAGGUAGAGUUUUGUGUUAUUAUGUAUGUACCUUUGAGAAGAUUUCGCCUCUUGAAUUCAUUAUUUCAAGGCCUGAAAAUGAGAGGAAAUGGACGUGUAAUUGUUGAAAAACAUGUAGAAUCUAUUGAAACGAUUCACGCCAUUCACAAUAAGCUUUGUUCAGUAUGCCUCGACAUCAACGACAUCUUCGGAAUACCCACGUUGCUGCUCUUCACACAUGCAGUUUCAUCGGCAGUGAUUCAGUUUUACUACACAUUCCUCAUGAGAGUUCACUUUAGCUGGAGAGUUGCUGCACAAGUUUUUGCGAUCUUACAUUGGACUAUAUUCCGUUUAGGUUCCUUAGUUAUAAUUGCUCUCCUCUACCACUGUAUUCUUAAACAAGUUGCAAACAUGAAAAGAACUAUUCACAAUCUGCUCCAUAGGAUUCAAGACCAAUCAGUGAAAGCAGCGCUAGAAAUAUUUGCUCUUCACGAAAUGAAUAGAAAUUUGGAGUUCACUGUGUGUGGUCUAUUUUCGGUGGACUUCAGAAUGAUUCAAAUGGCUUUCGCCACAAUUGCAACAUACGUUGUUCUUCUGAUCCAGCUGAAAGUUGUUAAAUAAAUCAAUCAAGAUGUAUGAUCCAAUUAUAAUUUCUAGUCUGGA